AUGGGGAUCGGCAGCGUAACUCUGGGCUCCGGCGGCGCAACCAGCGACCGCCACUACAACGUCCACAAGGCCUUCCUCCUCUGCAACUACCUCCUCCUCGGCGCCGCAUCGGCCUGCAUCUUCCUCACCAUCUCCCUCCGCCUCAUCCCCUCCAUCUGCGGAUUCUUCCUCCUCCUCCUCCACGUCUUCACCAUCGCCGGCGCCGUCGCCGGGUGUGCCGCGGCAUCCUCCGGCGGCGCCUGGUACGCCACCCAUAUGGUGGCCACCGUCCUGACGGCGAUCUUCCAGGGGUCGGUCUCUGUUCUGAUUUUCACCAGAACAGGGGAUUUCCUCGGGGAGCUGAAGUCGUACGUGAGGGAGGAUGACGGCGCCGUCAUCCUCAAGCUCGCCGGUGGUCUGUCGGCGUUCGUGUUCUGCUUCGAGUGGAUUGUGCUGGUUCUGGCGUUUUUUCUCAAGUACUACGCUUACAAGGAAGGCGACGGUGGUUCUGCCGCCGGCGGGUUGAAGAGGGGGAACGCUAGGGUCCACCAGGGUGGAGAUGAGGACUUGAAGAACUGGCCCUGGCCCUUCCAAGUCUGA